AUGCAGCAGUUUGAUGACGCCUCAAACAUCAAAUCCUCAAGACGGUGCUUCAUCGUUACGGAUAACGAAGACCCAAGUUUUGGUAACAGUCAACAGAGAACUGCCGCCAAGACUAAUGCAGAGGAGCUCGUUAAUAAGAAUGUCAUCAUUGAACCUGCCUUUCUGAGUCAUGGUGAUAGCAAGGGUGAGGGCUCAAACUUUGACAUGUCGCAAUUUUGGGAUAGUAUUACUUUUACAAAACCUAUGGAUGACGAAGAGAACGCUGAUGUGGAACCGGUGCCCUCCAGCUAUUUAGUCUCUGACUUAACGCUCAAGACAAGCUUGCUCUCACGGCGCAGUCCUAAGCGGGCAUUGUUUACUAAUCGGAUUGAGUUGGCGCCAGGAAUUGAGAUAGGCGUUAAGGGAUACUUGACUUUUUCUAAGCAACUCUUUGUGAAAGAUCGUUAUGUCUACACGCAGGGAGAAGAGAAGCAGAUCGUCAAAUCAGAGGUCAAGAUAACAGAUGACGAGUCUGUCAAUACAGUUUCUCCUGAUGAGAUCAUCAGAGCAUAUGAAUUUGGUGAUAGUUAUAUUUAUUUUACACCGGAACAGGUUAACCAAAUUCGGAAUCUCGGUAGGCCCUUGAUCAGGAUCAUAGGUUUUAAGAGUCCUAGCUUUGUUCCUCCUGAAUAUAACAAACGACACUCAAUGUUUGUAUACCCCUCGGACUCGAAACUGACUGGAUCAAUUCGAGCCUUCCACUCACUUUAUCAGUGUAUGCGUCAGAAAGGAAAGGUUGCUAUAGCUUGGGCAAUAAUUCGUAGUAACUCCAUUCCGGAGCCGUGUGCUUUGUUUCCAGUGAAUGAAGAAGUGGAGACAAAAGGUUCAUUGACAGUUCAGGUGACUCCGCCUGGAUUUCAGUUAGUUAUCCUUCCAUAUGCCGACGAUAUAAGGGCUAGGCCCAUGUCAACAAUAACCGAAGGUAAGGCAGAGAGGAUUUACAAUAGCUUCAACCGCAACAAACUAACAAUCAAUAGCCCCAAAUGA